UCCUCUCUCCCACUCGACCAUGUUGCUAUGUGUCUGCUGGCUCCAGCUCCUCCUCGUCCUGCUCUCCUGCGCCUCGUUGUGUCGGGGGGAAAACUGUCCCGCUAGCUGCCUGUGUCCGGACCCGCACACAGUGGACUGCAGCGGCCGUGGGCUUACCCGCCUCCCGGACGCCAUCCCCCUGGACGUCCGCCGCCUCCUGCUGUCCGAUAACUGGAUCCCGCGCAUCCCGGCCGACUUCCUGGUGCUGUACAGCGACCUGGUGUAUCUGGACCUGCGGAACAACUCACUGUCCCGCAUCGAGCCCGGCACCCUCAGCCCCUCCUCCCGGCUCGUCUUCCUGGACCUGGGCAGCAACAACCUGACGGAGAUCCCCAAGGGGACGUUCGGGGAGUCCCGCAGCCUGAUCAAGCUGCGUCUGGGCAACAACCCUCACCUGAGCAUGGUGAACGAGGACGCCUUCCUGGGACUGACCUCCCUGCGAGAGCUGGAGCUCGAGCGCAACGCCCUAUCCGGCCUGAAGGUGGGGGCCCUGAGCCAGCUGCCCUCCCUGAGGGUGGUCCGGCUGGAGGGCAACCCCUGGGUAUGCAACUGCAACUUUGCCAACCUGUUUGCCUGGCUGAUGGCGAACAGACACAAGCUUCCAAACGGUGUGGAGGGCAUGGAGUGCUCUCUCCCGACGGACGGGCGGCGUGUGGCGCUCAGCCAGCUCUCCCAGGACAGCUUCCGGGAGUGCCAGGCCAGCCUCACCCUCACCGACUUCCUCAUCAUCAUCUUCUCCGGCAUCUCCGUCUCCGUGGCCGCCAUCAUGGCCAGCUUCUUCCUGGCCUCCACCGUGCACUGCUUCCAGCGCUGGAGCAAGGGCGUGAAGGGCGACGAGGAGGAGAACGAGGAGUGACCCGACACACCC